UGCUUCCAAGCAGUUUUGUAUAACUGCUCACUCAUUUGAGUCAACUCUGUGCUCUGAUUGCAACAUGACUGGAGUCACGUACCAUGGUGUAACACACAGCGGCUUUAAUUAGUCUCUGUCUGUCUGUCUGGGAGGCAAAAGCUAGCAAUGCCAAACUCUUUUCUUUCUUUCUCUAACCAGUGAGAUACUCAAACCCACUGCCUUCCACACUGCUAGCUGAGCAUUCUAACUAGAAGGCAUGGUACAGUAUGGCGCUGUAGUGCCAGUGAGGCACACAGCCUGGACGUUGAGACUGGGGAACGCACAGCAAGGCACGCACACUGCUGAUGCAGUAGUGCUGGGGUUGUGAUCAUUUAUCGCAAGCAGUAAGACACAACAGCCACCCGCUAUGCUGAGAUGCAGAGGGACUGUGGAGUCUUCCUCAUCCCCUAUAUUAUUAUCGGACUUCUAGGAGGCAUUCCCAUCUUCUUCCUGGAAAUCGCACUGGGGCAGUUCAUGAAGGCGGGCGGCAUCAACGUUUGGAACAUCGCCCCACUGUUUAAAGGUCUGGGCUACUCAUCAAUGGUCAUCGUGUUCUUCUGCAACACUUACUACAUCAUGGUCCUGGCUUGGGGCUUCUAUUACUUUGUCAAGUCCUUCAGCGCUACCCUGCCCUGGGCAACCUGCAAGAACCCGUGGAACUCCGCGGACUGCAUCGAGUUCUUCCGCCACGACGAAUGCCACAACGGCACCAUCGGCAACGCCACCUUCGGCAACAUGACGUGCGAGGAGCUGGCCAACGGCCGCUCGCCAAUCAUCGAGUUCUGGGAGAACAAGGUCCUGAAUAUCUCGGAAGGACUGGAGUACCCUGGAGUGAUGAACUGGGAAGUAACGUUGUGUCUCCUAGCAACCUGGGUCAUUGUGUACUUCUGUGUGUGGAAGGGAGUCAAGUCAACAGGGAAGAUCGUGUACUUCACUGCCACGUUCCCCUACGUCGUCCUGGUCAUUCUGCUCGUCCGAGGGGUCACCCUGCCUGGAGCCUACGACGGCAUUCUCUACUACCUCAAACCAGACUGGUCCAAGCUAAGAUCAGCACAGGUGUGGAUCGAUGCCGGGACUCAGAUUUUUUUCUCCUACGCGAUCGGACUUGGUGCUCUCACCGCGCUCGGCAGCUACAACAGAUUCAACAACAACUGCUAUAAGGACGCCUUACUCUUGGCUCUCAUCAACAGCGGCACCAGCUUCUUCGCUGGCUUUGUGGUCUUCUCGAUCUUGGGGUUCAUGGCUGCAGAACAGGGGGUACACAUCUCACAAGUUGCCGAAUCAGGCCCGGGACUGGCGUUCAUAGCGUACCCCAAAGCUGUCACCCUGAUGCCAGUAUCCCCUCUUUGGGCAGCUCUGUUCUUCUUUAUGCUUUUACUGUUAGGACUGGACAGCCAGUUCGUGGGGGUGGAGGGCUUCAUCACAGGGAUCUUGGAUCUGUGCCCUGGAAAGUAUUACCAACGCUACCGUCGAGAAAUCGCGGUCGCCAUCUGCUGUACGUUCUGUUUUGUUAUUGACCUGACCAUGGUCACGCAGGGAGGAAUGUACGUCUUCCAGCUAUUUGAUUAUUACUCCGCUAGUGGGGUGACCCUUCUGUGGCAGGCUUUCUGGGAGUGUGUGGUUGUCGCUUGGGUUUAUGGGGCUGACAGGUUCAUGGAUGAUAUUGCACGGAUGAUAGGUUACCAACCAUUUCCCUGGAUCAAGUGGUGUUGGACAAUCGUCACUCCAUUUGUGUGCAUGGGUAUUUUCUUGUUCCACCUUGUCAAUUACAAGCCGCUGACCUACAACAAUACGUAUGUGUACCCUUGGUGGGGAGAGGCAGUGGGCUGGGUCCUUGCCCUCUCCUCUAUGCUUUGCAUCCCAACCACUGUGUUCUACAAGCUCUUCCGCGCCAAGGGAACUUUCAGAGAGCGCUGGGAUCACCUGACCAAGCCAGUGUGGGGCGGUCAUCACCUGGAGUACAUGUCCGAAGAUACGGACAUCAAAAGUCUGGCCUCGCUGACCCCCAGCUCGGAGGACAACAAGGUCAUCAUAUUCGAGAGUGUCAUUUAGCGGCUAGAUCUGCGCCCUCCAUCCCAUCUCGAUCGGAGCGCAGAGACACAUUCGUGGACCGUAGGGGUGGAAACAGGACUCCUGCUGCACAGCAGUUUGAUCCGUUCCUGCUUUUACUGCGAGUUUAUUAAGACACACCUGAGCUCCUGUACUCCAGUGGCUAAGCUUGCGGCAAAACCUGGACUCUGCGAGACUGCUAGGAGACUAACAAGUAGGAGUCUUGUUUGCCACGCCUGGACAGUGGCAGAAUUCUAAAAGGCAUUGCAUUAGAACUAAGGGCUGUAUUGUUCAUAUAUAUAUAUAUAUAUAUAUAUAUAUAUA